AAUGUAAUGGAUGUAGAAAAUCUUUCUACCAUAGUUCUGCCCUUAGUGCAUGUCAGAGAAUUCACAUGAGUGAGAAGCUAUGCGAAUGUGAAGAAAGUCAAAUUUUCUCCAGUAAGUCAAAACUCGAGAAACAUGAGAGAAUUCACAAUGGUGAGAAACCCUUUGAGUGUAACACAUGUGGAAAAACCUUUCACCUGAAUUCAAACGUCAGCAUGCGUAAGAGAAUUUAUAAUGAAUGUGGAAAAGUUUUUAACAUAAAGUCAAACCUGAACAGAUAUCAGAGAAUUAACCCAGGUGAGUACCACUAUGAAUGUAAAGAAUGUGGGAAAGCUUUUAACCAAAUGUCAGCCCUCAAGAAGUGUCAGAGAAUUCAAAAGGGUGAAACACUAUUUGAGUGUAAGGAGUGUGGAAAAGCUUUUAACCAAAAGUCACCCUUCACAGUGCAUCAGAGAACUCACCCGGGUGAGAAGCCCUACAAAUGUAAUGGAUGUGGGAAAAUGUUUAAUAACAAAUCCUUCAAGAUGCAUCAGAGUACUCACACAGGGAAAACACCUUAUAAAUGUAAAGAAUGUGGAAAAGCUUUUAGCCAAAAGUCAAUUCUUGGGAUACAUGAGAGAAUUCAUACAGGUGAGAAACCAUAUGAAUGUAAAGAAUGUAGAAAAGCUUUUAACCGAAAGUCACACCUCAUUGUGCAUCAGAGAAUUCACACAGGUGAGAAACCAUAUGAAUGUAAAGAAUGUGGAAAAGCGUUUAACCAAAAGUCAACCCUCAGCAGGCAUCAGAGAAUUCAUACAGGUGAGAAACCAUAUGAAUGUAAAGAAUGUGGAAAAGCGUUUAACCAAAAGUCAACCCUCAGCAGGCAUCAGAGAAUUCAUACAGGUGAGAAACCAUAUGAAUGUAAAGAAUGUGGAAAAGCUUUUAAUUUAAAGUCAACCCUCAGCAUGCAUCAUAGAAUUCACACAGGUGAGAAACCAUAUGAAUGUAAAGAGUGUGGGAAAGCUUUUAACCAAAAGUCGCACCUCAGCAUGCAUCAGAGAAUUCACACAGGUGAGAAACCAUAUGAAUGUAAAGAAUGUGGAAAACCUUUUAAGUUAAAGUCACACCUCAGGAUGCAUCAGAGAAUUCACACAGGUGAGAAACCAUAUGAAUGUAAAGAGUGUGGGAAAGCUUUUAAGUUAAAGUCACACCUCAGCAAGCAUCAGAGAAUUCACACAGGUGAGAAACCAUAUGAAUGUAAAGAAUGUGGAAAAGCUUUUAAGUUAAAGUCACACCUCAGCAUGCAUCAGAUAAUUCACACACGUGAGAAACCAUAUGCAUGUAAAGAAUGUGGAAAAGCUUUUAACCAAAAGUCUCACCUCAGCAUGCACCAGAGAAUUCACACAGGUGAGAAACCAUAUGAAUGUAUAGAAUGUGGGAAAGCUUUUAACCAGAAGUCAACCCUCAGUGGGCAUCAGAGAAUUCACACAUGUGAGAAACCAUAUGAAUGUAAAAAAUGUGGAAAAGGUUUUAACCGAAAGUCACACCUCAGCAUGCAUGAAAUUAUUCACACAGGUGAGAAACCUUAUGAAUGUAAAGAAUGUGGAAAAGCUUUUAACCGAAAGUCACACCUCAGUAUGCAUCAGAUUAUUCACACAGGUGAGAAACCAUAUGAAUGUAAAGAAUGUGGAAAAGCUUUUAACAAAAAGUCAAACCUCAGCAUGCAUCAGAGAAUUCACACAGGUGAGAAACCAUAUGAAUGUAAUGAAUGUGGAAAAUCUUUUAAGCGAAAGUUGCACCUCAGCAUGCACCAGAGAAUUCACACAUGUGAGAAACCAUAUGAAUAUAAAGCAUGUGGAAAAGCUUUUGGCCAAAAGUAAACUCUCAGCAUGCAUCAGAAUGUUCACACAGGUGAGAAGCUUUGUAAAUGUAAUGAAUGUGGAAAAAAAUUUUCUUAUGAAGUCACUGUUUAGAAGAUAUCAGGAAAAAACUCCUUAUGAAUGUAAUAUGACAAGCCUUGUACUGGAAUUCCCUCUAAUAGACAGAAAAGAUUGCACACAAAGGAAAAUCUCAAUGAAUGUAAUUUUUAUUGGAAAAGAUUUUGCUAGAAGCCAUAACUAAGACAUCAUAGUACUUACAUCAAGAAGAAUACCUAUAAAUAUACAACUGUCCUCAGGUAUUGAAGAUUGUCUUGAGGAUCCCCUAUUGAUAUAAAAAUUUGCUCAAGUCCCUUCUAUAAAUGGUGUAGUGUUUGUGUAUUACCAAUUCAUUUCCUGCUGUGUACUUUACAUCUUGUGUACAUUACUUAUUAUACUGGAAGACAUGUGAAUACUAUUGAAAUAGUUGUUUGGGCCGGCCCGGUGGCGCACUGCUACAGUGCGCCGCUUGGGAGCACGGUGGCGCUCCCGCUGAG